GCAACUGCCCCAGUGAAUGACCAGUUGAACAAAUCCUAUUAAUGACACCAUUUUUGAACCGGAGGAACUCCGUGGAGAACACAGUCUGCAGAUUGCUAUUCCUGAAGACGAAGUGACUGCAGACUAACUUUCGCGCAAUAGGCUAACAGGUAUGGAUUUUGACACGCAGAAGCCUCGCCUGCGCAGGCGCGCCAACACUUCUCCUCCCUCUACCUGAGAAGAGCUCACCUGGCUCCAACGAGACGGAAGUUUUGUGAAGGCAGAACAGAGAGCAAAUCCUUUUGUCUCCGCGAAAGGUUUCUUUGGACUUACAGCAACAAAAAUAUGAUAUCCGGGGAAGCAGGAUGCCAUUCUUUGAGUUUUACAAGAAUAAUUUAAAGUGCUUUUUUAACCUGAAUCUGUAGUUAAGUGACUCAUGGUACGUGGUGUUUUUUCUCUGAAGGAAUCCAGAGCACGGCUGAACCUCAGUCCAAAACCAGCCUGCUCUCUGUUGAAGAAGAAUGACAGCUCUGCGCAGAGUUCUCCGAAGGCGACUGCAUCCACUUAAACUUGUUAUAGUGGCCCUUGUCUUUGUUACGUUUGUGUUCUUCAUACAAUGGGAAGUGGCGAGCCAAAAUCAAGAGGAGGACCCGUGGCUGAAGGAUAUCGUAGUGAAGCGGGAUGCCAUGCUGGGCAUGGUGAUUGGAGCUGUCAAUAACUUCAGGGAUGCAAUGCCAAAGAUGCAGAUCAGAGCCCCGGUGCGGCAGCAGGAUAGUGCAGACAGCGUGCCCUGUCUGCCAGGUCACUACACUGCUGCUGAGCUCAGGCCAGCUCUGGACCGACCACCUCAGAACCCCGUUGCUCCCGGAGCAGCUGGGAAGCCUUAUCACACAGACUCACUGAGCCCUGAAGAGCAGAAGGAGAAGGACAGGGGUGAAGAGAAACACUGCUUUAACCUUUAUGCCAGUGACCGCAUCUCCUUGAGCAGAGACCUGGGCGCAGACACAAGACCACCAGAAUGUAUUGAACAAACCUUCAAGCGAUGCCCCCCCUUGCCAACCACCAGUGUGAUAAUUGUGUUUCACAAUGAGGCUUGGAGCACUCUGCUAAGGACAGUAUACAGUGUCCUCCACACCUCCCCUGCCAUUCUCCUCAAAGAGAUCAUCCUGGUGGACGACGCCAGCGUGGAUGAUGUGUUGAAGGAUGAGCUUGAUGCGUAUUUGAAGCAGCUGAGCAUUGUCCGUGUUGUGCGCCAGAGAGAAAGGAAAGGACUCAUCACCGCUCGGCUGCUGGGUGCCUCCGUGGCCACUGGCGACACGCUCACCUUUCUGGACGCCCACUGUGAAUGCUUUAAUGGGUGGCUGGAGCCUCUGCUGGCCAGGAUAGCCGAGAACUACACUGCAGUAGUGAGUCCAGAUAUAACCACUAUUGAUCUCAAUACUUUUGAGUUCAUGAAACCGUCCCCAUAUGGCCAGAACCACAACCGGGGAAACUUUGACUGGGGCCUUUCCUUUGGCUGGGAGAGUCUUCCAGAUCAUGAGAAACAAAGGAGGAAGGAUGAAACAUACCCUAUAAAGACUCCCACAUUUGCUGGUGGGCUCUUCUCCAUCUCGAAAGAGUAUUUCUACCGUAUUGGAAGUUAUGAUGAGGAAAUGGAAAUCUGGGGUGGCGAGAAUAUUGAAAUGUCAUUUAGGGUGUGGCAGUGUGGCGGGCAGCUGGAGAUCAUCCCUUGUUCCAUUGUUGGUCAUGUUUUCCGCACCAAGAGCCCCCACACCUUUCCCAAGGGCACACAAGUGAUUGCUCGUAACCAGGUGCGACUGGCGGAGGUCUGGAUGGACGAAUACAAGGAGAUCUUUUACCGUCGUAACCAGCAAGCUGCGCAGCUGGCGAAAGAUAGGGCCUUUGGAGAUAUCUCCAAACGAGUGGACCUCCGUGCGCAGCUGCAAUGCAAGGGCUUCUCAUGGUAUUUGAAGAACGUUUAUCCAGAAGUCUUCAUGCCUGAUCUCAACCCACUCCGCUUUGGCUCAGUGAAAAAUGUGGGCAAAGACUCAUGUCUAGAUGCUGGAGAAGACAAUGAGGGUGGGAAACAGCUGAUCAUGUACCCAUGUCAUGGACUAGGAGGAAACCAGUAUUUUGAGUACUCCACACAUCACGAGAUUAGACACAACAUUCAGAAGGAGCUAUGUUUGCACGGGGCAGAGGGGGCUGUGAAGCUGGACGACUGCCAGUAUAAAGGCGGCAACACAUUUGUAGGAGCAGAGCAAAAAUGGGAACUGAAGGAUAACCAGUUGUUCUACAACUCAAGAUCAAACAUGUGCCUGAGUGCCCGUCAUGAGCAUCCCUCUUUGGCCCUUUGCAACCCCGCAGACAGAUUCCAGCUCUGGUCCUUCGUCUGAGUGUGCAAACUACCACUUUAAAAAUAGCUACUCUGCAUAGGCAAACUAGGACAUAGGAGUAUAAAAGACUGCAUUUUUUUUAGAUUAAUGACAUUAAGUUUUAAUUUAUUUUUAUACGUAGAAGAACUGAACUGCUGCUGCUGGGAAGUUUGGACUUUGGGAGAAGCCACAGUGUGCCACUGCUGGAAGGACGCAUUGACACAAUGCUCCCUAUCAGACUGUGAACUGAGAUUCUUGGAACAAUGACGAUGCACUGUGUUGACAAGUGCCUCUUUUGUAUUUGUGAUGUUUUCACUACUCCAAGUCUUCACAACCAACACAUGCAGUAUGUUGGUAUAUAAAGCCAACACUGAACAUUUUCCAGCGUGAUGUAAAAAUCUGAAACAUAAUCAUACAAAACCUACAGUAAUUCAUAUAUACUGUAAACAAGAGUUUCAAGUUGGACAAAAAUCCCAAAAUAUAUGCACCAAAGCAACUGAAAGUGAAAACCUGAAUCACAAGUAUGAUGUGCAUUGUCCCUUUUUUUUGGAAUACUACAAAACCUUUUAUUUGCUAACGUCCAUUUCCUUAGAUGUCAUUUUAUACUGGGUGGGUGGAGGGAUGGGGGGUGGGGUUGCUGCAGUUUUCUGUUGAUGCAGAAUAAUGGCUUUUACAGUGUUGUGAUCUUCGGAUCAGGGUUGGAUUGGAUACUUUAAUUCAUUUUUUCAUGAGGUAAUUGUUUUAGUCUUCAAACCAGAAAACUUUUACAAGACAGUUUUUAGAAUUUCUAUGCACUCAUUUGCCAGUUUAACUACCACAGUCUAAUACAACAGUCCUGGAAUAAAUACUAGCUUCAUGAAGGUUAUAAUGUUCAGUUUUAGUUUGCAUCUGUUUUAGAGAAGUGUUGAUUCAACUUUAUAGUUAUUUUGGAGGCUGGAAAAAACAAACAUUAUAAGGUUCAUGAAGGUAGUUUUUGCAGGGUUGUUAUAUUGGAAUGUGUAAGUUUUACCUAGCUGUACCUAAUUAGCUGGCAGCUGACUGCAGAUUAAAUGGGUUAAUGAAGAUUAAAAUGCAUUUUUAUUUGACCUAUAAUUAAUACUUUGAUAACAUACGUAUGUACAUACAAACACUCAGAUGUUUUGACUGAUUUUUAAGCAUCAUUCUCUUUUUAUUUGCGACAAGGUUUACCUGUUUCAUUAAAACAAAUUUAAUGCUUUGGUGUUUAUCAAAAGGGAAUGUUUAAUUUAAAGUGAACGCACCGAAGGAGCUCUAUUUGUUGAUUAAAUGCCUGAAACUCUCCUCUAAACAGGAGUCCACAAAUGAAUUUCUGGUGCAGGCACUAGUGUUAAGAUGGCUCUGGAAUAUUGUAAAAUACUUGUGUGUUUGGAAACUGGAAAUUGCCUAUUUUGUUUUUAGACUUUGUAUUAAGAGGUCUUAUUUUUAGGUCAAUAAAAAUUAAGUUGGGUAGGA